AUGGAAGAGUUUUUGAGAAAACCCGAGAUCAUAAGAGUUACAAGAGAUGUUCCGCCAGCUCACUAUAUAUUCAGCAUAGAGUCGUUCUCUUUGUUAGUUGAUACAGGGGUGACAAAAUAUGAAUCCCAUGCAUUUGACGUUGAGAAUUAUAAAUGGAGACUGUCACUGUACCCAAAUGGAAACAAGAAAAGCAAUGGCGAGGGGUUCAUCUCCCUUUACUUACAAAUUGAUGGGAUUGAAAAUUUUCCUUCUACUUGGGAAGUAAAUGUUAACUUUAGGUUCUUCAUACAUGAUCAAAUUCGUGACAAAUAUUUAACCAUCGAAGAAAGUGAUGGGGUGAUCAAGCGAUAUUACAAGAUGAAAACAGAAUGGGGCAUUGCUCAAUUGGUGGGUUUGGAUCACUUUAAGGAAGCCUCAAAUGGGUACUUGGUUGAGGAUUGUUGCACAUUUGGGGUCGAAAUCUUUGUGAUUAAACAAACAGGAAGAUUGGAGCGUGUUUCAAUGCUGAAGCACCCUCCCAACAAUACAAUCACUUUCCAACUCCAUAACUACUCACGUUCAUUCUCUGAAUACUAUACCUCUAAUGUUCAAACUAUUGGGGACUCAAAAUGGGAAUUGAUAGUUUAUCCUAGAGGACGGGGAAUAUGGAAGAAUGCAUCACUUUCGGUGUACUUGAGGUCGAUCGAGGGUUACAACAACAAGCUUCCAUCCCAAGGAAAGGUGUAUGCAAAAUACAAUUUUAGGGUCAAGGACCGUUACAAUUACGCUAACACCAGGGAAUAUACAGGAUCACAUUGGUUUACUAAUUUAGCUUGUCAAAGCGGUUUUAAAUACUUCAUGGGACUGUUUACUCUACAAGAUAGAUCAAAAGGCUACCUUGUUAAUGAUUGUUUGACGGUGGAAGCUGAGAUUAUUGUAGUUUCUAAAGUCGAACUUUUCUUAUAG